CUCUCGGUAUCUGAUUGGUUGCUGCGCCAAACCGCUAACUGCCGCCGCGGAGUUUAAACUCGCGUCCCGGAUUCUGGGACACGGCGUAGAGCUCCUGGAGGUGGGUGCCGAUUCCCCGAGCUCAAGGAACGUGAUAAAAUACCCGGCGAUGGAAGUCGACUCAGUUACCUCGGGGAUCAAGAGACGAGUGAAAGACCGAAUUUCAAAGACAAAGCUGAAUGUUUCUCUUGCUUCAAAAAUCAAAACAAAAAUAAUAAACAAUUCUUCUAUUUUCAAGAUCUCUUUAAAGCACAACAACAGAGCAUUAGCGCAGGCUCUCAGCAGAGAGAAAGAGAAUGCUCGAAGAAUUACAACUGAAAAGAUGGUAUUACAAAAAGAAGUAGAGAAACUGAAUUUUGAGAAUACCUUUCUUCGCCUAAAGCUAAAUAACUUGAAUAAGAAGCUUAUAGAAAUAGAAUCACUUGUGAACAAUAAUUUGAUAACUGCAAUUGAAAUGAGCAGCCUUUAUGAGUUCCAUCAAAGUUCUAUUCUACUGACAGCUAGCAAGAAGAAAAGGAUUAGUAAACAGUGCAAGUCGAUGUACCUUCCAUUUGCAAGGGUUCCAUUAACUUCGGAUCAUGAUGAUGAUGAUGAUGAUGAUGAUGAUGGUGAUGAUAAUGGUUGUGGUGGUGGUGGUCGCGGUGAUGCUGAUAAACAGAAAACACAGUGUGGCAACAUUAUAUCAGUAACAUCACCUGAUAUUCCCUCUUCAGUGUCAUUAAGACAGCCUUUAUCCUUGCAUCAGAGUAAUUUGGAAGCAUUAUUUCCUAAAGAAGAUAAUCAGAAUACCUGUGGUUUAGAUCAUUCAGAAUGUAUUUCUUCUACUGUUGAUGUACUACCAAAAGAAAGCUGUUACCACUCAAAUCAAAGUUCCAAGAGUUCUCUAGUGAGUGAGAUGAAAAUUGACACAUCUACAAACUGCAGAAGGGAGAAAUCGUUUCUUAAUAAUGUGACGGAAAGGAAGAAGCGUGGGUCUUCUUGGGAGUCAAAUAAUCCUGUUGCAGAUGUUCCCUGUGUGGCAGAUUUAGAUUACCAACAGAUUUCAAGUCUAGGAUUAAGUCGGAAUAAUGAAAUAAGUGAUUGUACUAAUGAAAACAAUAGUAAAAUGCAAAGAAAUAGACAAUGCUUUCCUGACCUACCUUCUGAGUCUGUCAGUAACCCUAAUGUAGCAUGCAUGAAUGAAGGACAGGAUACUGAUGACUUUGAGUUUCAAAAAACUGUGCAUGAAGAUGCUGACAUGGAUUUAACUGCUAGUGAAGUAAGCAAAAUCAUUACAGUUUCAAAAAGCAGUAAAAAUAAAAGUCAGAAAAAUACUAAUUGUGGAAAGGACACUUUCAGAAAAGUGAAAGACCCAACCUCUGAGAAAAAGAGAGAAAAAUCAAAGAGAAAAUAUAAAGAUCAUUCAGAUGUGGAUAUUGAGGAAAAGACUGAAAACAGACUAGGGAGAGGAUCUGUUGUUCUAGACGGCCAAAGGGAUUCAGAAGAUCCAAAUUUUCUUUCCAAUACUCAACAGCUGACUCAGGCAAACAUACUGAAGAAAAUAACCCUUCAGAACGGCUUUGAUCAGGAUGACAGACAGAACACACAGUGCAGUAAAAAGAAGCAAAUGCUUAUGACAAAUAAGCAAGAGGAAACAGACUCUUUAUCCCAAUGUUCAGAUAAAUUCCUUCAAGAGAGUAAAUUUGAUCAGCGUCAGAAUACCCUAAGCUAUAAUAUAAGAAAGUCUUCUCGACAGACAUUUGUGAUUUCUAAGUCAGAAAAAGGUAACUUAUUUCCAAACCAAAAGGAUAAAGACACUGUUUCUGAAAAUCUAGGUGUUGCAAAUGAAUUUCAAGCAGCUGAUCCUUUUACUAGAGAUAACGGAAAUUUAUGUGACUAUGAAGCCCAGAAUGUGCUGGAUUUGAAAAAGUGCAUCACUGAUACACAACCUACUCAGCAAAAUCAAUCAAAAACAAACAAGCCUAAGCAGACAAUAAAUCGGAAGACAGAAAUAAUUUCUAGAAUGAACCAAAUAUAUGACGAUGAUAAAGAUAUGCAUGUGCUAGAAAAAGGUAACUUUUCCACCCAAACCCAAACGAAUAAAGAGACCAUGUCUGCAAACCCAAAAGUUGCAAAAGAGUUUCAAAUACCUCUUCUUUUCACAAGAAAUAACGAAAACAUACAUGAUGAUAAGAACCAAAAUGUGUUGGGUUUGCAGAAGCAGAUCACUGAUGUGUACCCUGUUCAGCAAAAUGAGUCAAAAACUAGUAAGAACUCUAAGCAGAAAGUAAAUCGGAAGACAGAAAUAAUUUCUAGAGUGAGUCAUUUCAAUAAUGACAAAAGUGUGCAAUGUUCAGAAAAGGAUAACUCUUUCUUACUACAAAAGGUUAGAGAAGUCACCCCUGGAAACUUAGAAGAUUUAAGUGAGUUUCAGAAGCAUGUUCUUUGUACCAACGACAUUGGGAAUGAGACUCAAACUGUUCUGGGGGUGAAAAAGCAUGUCCAGAAUAUGCAACCUGCCUAUCAAAAUGAUUCUAAAAUAGAUAAGAAGCUUAGACAAAAGGUGCACCGAAAGACAGAGGUAAUUUCUAAAAUCAACCACAUAUAUGAGAAUGGUGGCAAAAGUGUAUAUGACCCAGAUGAUUACUUCUUUUCUUUGACUCAGGAGGAUAAAGAAACCAGUUCAGAAAAUCUGAAAGUCACAAAUGAACUCCAAACAGCUGAUGUUGCCAGUAAAGAUAACAGAUAUCUCUAUGACCAGGAGGCCCAGAGUAUAUUGGGUUUGAAGAAGCAUGUUACUAAUAUGCCACUUACUCAUCCAAAUGAAUCAAAAUUAAGUAAGAAGCUAAGGCAGAAAGUUAGUAGAACAGACGUCAUUUCUGAAAUGAACCAGAUAUAUGACAAUAUUAAUGAAGAUGCAAAUGGCCAAAAAAGCUAUGUGAAAGAUCUUGAUUUAAAAGUAAACAAAUCUAAAGAUAACAUUGAAUCCCGAGAUGUUAUCAGUGGGUACUGUAUGGAAAUCACCAGUAAUGAAAAGGAAAAUUGUGAUCAGAUUCCAUGCUCUUUCAAACUAGUUAAAAAACGAAGGAAAAAAUCAGGUAAAGCAGAGAACAUUUUGACACAAGGUAAGAACAGACCUAUUUUACAAUUAACAGAUUCUUCACAGGCAUCUAUCACUUUAGACCCUGGCUUAAAACAUAUUACUAAUGAAACAGAUUCUGAUCCCAGACACCAGACAAGCCUACCAAAGAACCAGAAGCACAGCACUGUGACUCCAAGAACACAAGCAGAUGCCUUCUCUCUGGAGGUGGUAAAAGAAGGAAACUGCCCAGCCAAAAAAGUUAAUAAAGUAAUGUCAAAAUCAAAGAAAAGAAAGACCCUCCUAGAUCUUUCUUCAGAUACCCAUGAAGUUAUGGAAGCAGUACCUAACAUUGAUCACAGAAAGUCAGUUGACUCUGAACAAACUGAUAAGAAAAACUAUUUGGAGAAUGAGAAAAUUGCCAAGAUUAAGCCAGAUUUUUGCACAAAGGUGUUUAAACCGUUAUCUCAGAUAUGUUCACCUAACAUACAAAAUUCUCCUUUUGACAGCGUGCAUGAGAGGUCAAAAUCUUUGAGUAUUUCUUCUAGUAAAAGCCUGAUGAUAGAAGAAAAUUUUGCCCUGGGAAGCAUAGCCAUCAUUCCAGUGAGUGACAAGGCACAUGAAAAAGUAAAAGAGGUGGCUUGUAAAGGCCGGAGAACACAGAGGUCGGCAGUAGGUCGGAGAACAUUACCGGACUUGACAGAAGCCAGUUUUAUUUCAAGUUGCACUAAACCUGAAAAUGAAUCAGAAGAUCCAUCUUCAGAGCUGACAAGAAGAAAAAGAAAAUGUGCCCCUCUCAAUUUGAAAGAGCCGAAACUCAACAGCAAGAUGAGAAGAUGAAGUAGAUAUAUGGACUCUGUCCGAGUGCUCAGAACUCCAGUCAGAACAGAAAUGUGACUAGGAUCAAGAACAUGGACCAUGAAGGAAUAUUUUGUUGUUUUUGUGUUGUUUUCCCCUUUUUUGGCCUUUCAUGGAAUGUUGGUUUGUCCAUUGUUACUUUGAGGUAUAUGUACAUAAAAUAGCUGUAUUUUCAAGUACCAAACUUUUAAAAUAAUUUUGGUUAUCGUAUAACUUAUAUCCUUGUUAAUUGAAGUUGCUGCCUAAUAUCCUUUAAACAACUGUUACCCUUUUAACCAAAUAAAAUGUAUUAAUGCUUUCACAUUA